GAUCUUUAUACUCUCUCUUACUGACACUCUCUCUCUCUACUCAGUCUCAGUCCAGUCAGUCCAGUCCAGUACUUAGUACCUGUCCUGCUACUGCUGCUUCUCCUCGCCCUUGAUUUGCGCACAAGACUUGACACGGCACAGACACAAGACGCGACAGAAGCAACGAGAAGGCAACAGCAACAGGACUCGAUGCAGGAGCCAUAGAACAGGGACAGGCAGCGUGGCAAGGCAAGGCAGGCAAGCAGGCAGAAGAUGCUAUUUGACGAGAGUGACAGGCCGCGAAAACGGGUCUGCAUACAAGCACCCAAACACAAAACCACAACCCAUCCUUUUCAUGACGACGACGCGUCUUGCAACAGCAGCAGCAGCAGCAGCAGCAGCAGCAGCAGCAGUAGCAGCAGCAGUAGUCACGAGGUGCUGGAACCAACACUCGAGGAACUAGAGCAGGAGCAGUCUCGGAAUCAGUCCCGCUUCAGGCAUCGCAUGGAGGAUAUCUUUGAACGAUACGCGCGUGACUUUACCGAAACGGCGGAUGAGAUUGAUAUUCGCACUGGCCAUAUCGUGCUGGAUCGCGGACAUUGGCUUUCCCUACCAGACGUGCAAGACUCAGAAACAGGCGAGGAGAGUGACUUUUCAAGUGAUGAAGAUGGGAUUUUGGAUGAUCAUGAUGAAGAUAUCUUGGAUUUCCUCGUCGCGCCCAUCUCGCGCGACACUCCAGCAUGGCUCAAGGGAAAUCGCUCCUCACCAGCGCCCGUGUCAGGUUCUGGUCUGUUUUCAAACACAACUCAUGCUACGCGGAAACAUCCAGUGGAACCCAUGUCAAAGUCAUUACAACUCCCACCAGACGAUGUCGUUCUACAGCAAUUCGGUACAGCAGGGCCAGCAGUCUUGGAUCUGUUGAAACGCCAAGCUGAAGCAGAACGUCUUGCACUGGCAUCAGCACCGCCUCAACAAAAUCACAGCCUGGGCAGGGCAGCUUCAGAGCCAGUGAUGGGUCAUUGCGUAAGAGCCGAUGCAGCAGAAGAGGAAGACGAUGAAUUGAGUGCUUUGUUGGAUUCACCUGCGCAUCAAUUGCGUUCGUCGCCUACGGUCUCUCGACGUUCUCUACUCUCGACUCUGGAUUCUCGCGAAGCGAUGCAAGUAGAAGACAGUGAUGCAUCUGAUGAUGAAGAACAGGAGAGUCCUCCGCCCAAAAUCCAUCAACCAGCAGUCAUCGCUGCAGUGGAUCGCGUCAAUCGAGAGGAAGCAACGCACAAAGUUGGAUCAGCAAGACAUGGGCUCCCGACAAAUUCUUCCCCUCUUGCAAGUCACGCCUCCAUCAAUCCCUCCAUUCGCCCUCUCCUUCCAAAGGCGCAAAUUAGCGUCACCUCUUCACCAUUAGCGCGGACUAGCAGAAGUCAGAGUUCAGUACCCGCUACACUACGCAAGCAAGUCUUGACAUCCCAACAACAGCAACAAACGGCGGCCCCAACAGGCAUUUCAAGAGUAUCAGUCAGUCCUCCAAAAGCAGCGAUACGCACAUCUCUUCGAACCACGCAUGUGUCAACAGUCAAAAUCAAAGCCUCUUCGGCCCGCCCCUCUGAUUUACGCAAAGAAAUGGCACGUCUACACAACACAGAUGAUUUCUUCAUGCAAGAUUUACCAAAGACGCUUUCGGAAGGACGUUUACUGAGGCCAAGACGCGCAACGGUUUCUUAUAGCGAUGCAGCCAUGGCACGGCCGUCUUCCUCUACCUCUUCCGGGUCUACCGAUCUUGUUUGUGCAUCUACAACACUUGCACCGUUAGCGCCUUUGUUUAUCGAUCUGGAUGAAGUGGAUGAUAUUGCCAUCUCGAGUCCUAUCCAUGCACUCACAUCCACACCUAAUUGUGGUAGACAAAGCACUUUGCAGACGAGUAUGGCAAAGACAGAACCAUUGGACUAUAACCCUUUUGAUAUGGAAGACGAGGAAGAUGAGAUUUCGGGAUUAUUCUCAGCACCUGCUGCCGCGUCUCCUGCUCCCGUACAACAAGCAGCACGAUCUAUUCUCGUGGAUCAAGUUGCUGUGGAUGUAUUGCUGGAAGAGUCAACAGAUGAAGAAGAAGAUGAUUUGAGUCUUGUUGUACAGUACUUGAGCUCACCCACAUGCAACCAAGUCAAGCAGCCUGCUUCCCGGAUCGAGACGGAUUUGUUGGAAGUGCCGGAUUCUGAGGAGAGUACAAGUUUGAGCAGUCAACCGAUUGUGUUACAGGGUGCUUCGAAAGCGAUUGCAGUGAAGAGCACCCCGCCAUUGUCUACAGCCAUCAAUCAACGAAAACCUGUGUCUAUUGAAGUCCCUGAUUCCGAGGAGAAUUCAGUGUCGAGCAGUCAACCAAGCACCAUCCAAAAGUUUCGAAAAACACCCACGCUCAAUACAACGCAGGUGAUUGCGAAACCAGCGCCACCUGUAGCCAUGGCUCCACGAAAGUCUGUAUCAGGGAAGUAUACAGGUCCAAUCAACACUCCCAUCAAGCAAAGCCUAACAAUCUCUGCAGCGUCUGCUAUUCGCGAUAGACUUGCAUUACUCAUGUCAAGGAAAGUGGAUCCUGCUAGCGAACAGCGGACAACCACCGUGCCGUCCCUGAGCGAGCAAGCAGCAAGUCGUGCACCUGUCCAUUCAACGUCACGAGACUCUACGACGUAUACUGAGAAGGGAGGUCUUGAGACUGAUGAAUCUGGUUCGGGAAGUGACUUGCUCGCCGAGCAACAAUUGAAGCAACCGCCUCAUUUCAUAAAUUUCAUCCCGGCAACGAUGGAUAUUGAGGAUUGAUGCAGACGGGAUGCGUGGCUGUAGAAUAGACUUUUGCAAUGCUAUGCUUAUAACAAUACGGGUACCAAUACAAAAUCAUCACUGUCAAACAGACCGUUGUCUUCAGUGCAGGUCUUGAGCACUUUCUUGUAGAAUCCUGCCGAAUGAGGCCAGCUUUGCACGACACGCAUCACCACCAGAUCGUCCGGCUUCUGCGAGUGAAGGAUACUGAAACAUGCGCUUAUCACAGUCUA